AAGACAGUGCCUCCAGCUCACAAAAACACAACUUCUUCUGCUUCCUUCCUCUGUGUACACACUAGGACUAGGGUAAACCACAGUCUCUCCUCUCUUUCUCCGCUUCUGUAUCAUCAAUGUGGUACCCUCAUCAACCUUCUCCUUCUUCCUCCACUCACUAACCAAAUCCACAAUCCAAAACCCUACCUUUCUCCGUCAAUGGCUCUCUUCUUCCUCUUCCUUGUCCUCUUGACUCUUCUUUCCCCAUCUUCUUCUUCCUCUACCAACGACCUUAACUCCUUGACUUACAUCAUCCACGUCGACCACGAAGCUAAACCUUCAAUCUUCCCAACUCACCGUCACUGGUACACCUCCUCAAUUGCCUCACUCACAUCCACCACUCCUUCAAUUAUCCACACAUACGACAUCGUUUUCCAUGGCUUCUCCGCAAGACUCACUAUCCAAACUAAAGAACUGAAGGUCCACAUGGAAUGCUUUGAGGAGUUAUUAUGCACAUUCUCAUAUGGAGCACAACAAUGCACCGCGACCUGCUUAUCAAAGGGGUACGAGACAGGAAACUACCGUCCUCCCUAUAGGAGGCCUGACAAACCUUUCGUUUGUUGUUGUUAUUAUCAAUAGCCAUGAUCCAUUUACUUUUUUAAUUAUGAGAGUCCGUCAAUAUAAUGUGGUUUCUAUGUAAUCAAGAAAAUAUUAAGUGAAAGGUUUAUGUGUUUGUUUUUAGA